UAUGCUUAGUCAAAGAGUGUUAAGAAUAGAGAGCGGGUGAUGAUCAUAUAAACAAUUGGAAGCACUGAAAAAUCUCUCGCCAAUUUUUGAGAAUCAGUUGUUUUUGCAACGCUUUUGCGUGGAGGUCGUAUUCUAUCUGGAGUGCGCACGAGUCAAAGCAAACGAGCAAGUGAAACGAACAUUAAAUGUGCAUAUUCAAUAUACAUACGUACAUUAAUAGGAGUGCUAUAUAUAAUUAUAAAUCGUGGGGGCAGAAUAUGUCAAAUCGUGUCAAUCAAUAAUACAAACAGACUACAAAGUGAGAUGUAGUGGAAUUGCGACGGUGGCAAAGUCAAUUACAAUAGAAUAUGCACAAUGGAACUUAACAUUUUUAGAGUAAAUUGAUAGGUGUUGAGCAUGUAUAAGUGAAAAAAAUUUAAAAAGUACGAGUUUGAUAAAAAAAAAUGCAAAUUUCAGUUUUGUCGGAAGUUGUAUGUGCGGAUUGAUAAGUAGCGAACUGACUACUGAAAGAAAAAUGAAAAGCCAAAUAAACAGUGCGAAUAAGUUGAAAUGAUUCUCUUUCUCAGUGAAUGCCAAUCUGUUGUCACCAGAACUUGAUGAAUGUAAAUGUAUAAACUCUGAAUAUAAGUAUAUAGUAUAUAUAAGUACUUGUACGCCCAAUGAUAUUAUAAAGCAGUCAUCAAUUGCAGUGCCUACGAUAACAAACAGACUUUCCUUAUCUUUCAUCAGCAUCUGCACUGUGAGAUCCCACCACGCCUGUUGAGCAAGAAAAAGCAGCAAUCACAAAACGUUUGGCGACGGUAAUGAUUUUGUGAUGUAUAAAUCACUAUAUACAAAACAAAUCUGUAAUACAGCAGAGAUUUUCCAACAAUUAACAAUUACGUUAACUUCAACAGUAGCAGUGAUAGCAGUACCAAUAGAUCAUGGAUAAACUUUCAUAGUUUAUAACCGAACCAAUAACAACAAUAAUAGAAGCAAACACAGAAGCACAACAGUUAUAAGAAAAUUUGCUUAUUCGCGCUGCCAUUAUUAUCAAAUAUUGCAGGUUUUACUGCCACUACAUCGGUCUCAGCUGUCCAGAAAAUGAUCAGUGAACAGUCUCUAACGCUGGCUUUUCGUGGUGGAGUUAGUUUAAUCGAUAAGCAAUUGAGGAGUAUUGGUGCAAAUCCGAUUACUUCCUCUUCAACCGCAGCGGCUGCCUAUCAAUAUUUAGAUUUAACAGCGUCAUCGGAGAAACAUAAUAUGUUAAAUAAUAUCAAUAUGGAGUCGACGACAAGUAAUACAAUUAAAAAUUGUAACAUCAGUUCAAAUAUCAAUAAUAGGAAUAACUGCAGCAAUAAUAUAAUCAACAAUGUAAUGAUUAAUCAAGUGCCUAAUACUCUCAGUGGUUCUGCUGGUGGUGCAGCUAACGCUAACCUAUCAAACAGUUCUUAUCAAAAAUAUUGCCCACAAUUGCAGUCAUUCCAAACAAAUCCUCAGAAACAACAAACAGCUAAAAAGAAACAACUACAAAAUAUCUCUAACAAUGUGAAGAGUGAAAGACUUAGUCCAGGAACCAACGGAGAUCAUCAGUCAUCAAUAUCGAGAUCCCGAAGCACCACACCUUCAUCGUUCCGUGGUCCUUCUCCACAACAAAUUUUUUCGGAAGCCCUAAUGCCACUAACUUCGCUCUUGCGUAUUCAAGAAGUCACCUCUGCGGGGCAUCAAACUCCAUGCGUUACUGCUGCUAGCACGGAUACGGCUGAUUUAGGAAAGACAACAACUGUGUUUCAGACAGAUUUUUCGUCGAGGAACUAUUCCGAUAUUAUGCGCAGUUUAGCAGCGAAAUAUAAUGAUGUCAACGCAAUAAACUCCAUUUCGACUCGUAAUCAAUUUUUUGAUACUUCAUCGUCGACUUCUUCUAUUCCCAUUGUCAACAAGAAUGUAAAUCAGAAAAGUGGCAAUAGGAACGUUGCUGGGGCUUUGUCGGGUUCCUUGACAAGUAAAGAUGCAUCGCCUCAAUUGAUACCUCGAUUAUCCAUGUCUCAAGGGGAAGUAGCGGUAGCGGCUGCUGCCGCUUCAUUUCUGAGUAGUCUCCCAUUCUCACAAAGUGUGUGUCUCCCAAUGAUAGAUAUGAGCAGUACUCAAGCAUUGAUUACUUUGGCGCGUGCAGCUAAAGAAGCAGAGGUACAGACCAUACUUCGAUCUUUCCAGCAAAACUCAAAGCAAAUGAACUCCAAUUCAAUCUUAUCGCAUCCCAACCUCGGUGUAGCAUUGCAACAGGCCGCUCAAUAUGUAUCACCUGCGCUCAGUGUUCCCGUCCAGCAGAUUGCGCCUUCACAACAGUCUAGUCCUCAGUAUAAAUCAAUUUCUACAUCAACUAGCUCCAGUGUUUCAACAUCCAAAAGAAAAUCGACACCAUCCACAAGCACAACCACCGUACCGCUUGACUUGAGCUCUCAACCCCCAGCGACUAAAAGAUUUAAAGUGGAAUUAAACGCAGCAAGCCAAAGUAACGAAUCAUAUGGGUUGAAUGUAUCUAUUGGACGUAUCUUAUCAAAUGAAGUAAAAUCCUCCCCAUCACCAAUGUCUGAAAAGAAAUUAGUCCCUGGUUCCACGAAGAAUAAUGCCCGCUUAACCUUUUCACCGGAACCAUCCACGCCCUGCAAUACUGCUAUUCUAAAAUGUCAAGCUGAAAGUGUGGAAAUCGCCCAAUGGACAGUGGACGACGUGUGUGCUUUUGUAGGUGAUAUUGAUAUCUGCGCAGACUACGUUCAUCAUUUUCGUGAUCAAUGCAUUGAUGGCAGUGGAUUGCCCUUGCUAACUGAAGAUCAUUUGCUUAAUUCUUUGGGUAUGAAAUUGGGACCCGCAUUGAAAUUACGGUCAAAAUUAGCGAAGAGACUCGGUGGUCCCUGCCCAUGUGUGGCAUGCAUUGCACGAGCACGGCAAAUGCUAGUUUUGCAAGCAGAAUCUAAGAAUGAUCAACCAAAGACUGCUAUAAUGUCUACCGAAUGUUCGCCAACAGAAAUUAAUACCAUAGGAUGUGAGGAAAGUGUUGAACUUCCCAAAAUCAAAGACACAAAUGAUACAACAAAAGAAACCUUUAAAAAUAUACAUAAAGUUUCACAAAAUCAGCAGUUACUUGCGGAAGGACGAGAAACAAAGAUAUGCAGCAUUAGUGACAAUAAUGAUAGAACCAACAAUUGCAGCUCACUUAAACUACAAAUAUGCGCCAACAUAUAUAAAAAUGAAACAAACAACAACCAUCACAACAAUGACGAAGUAAAUAUAGAGAAUUUUAAUACCGGAACAAACGUUAAUGAUAAAACAUCUAGUUACAUUCUCGAUACCACUUUUAAAUCCCAAUCUAAUGAUAUCUGUUUAAAUAAUAAAAAAAGUUCCACUAACAGCAACGUCGUACUGGGAAGCCAGUUUGGAAACUUAUCGGAUGAGGGUAGUUAGUUUUGGAUCUAUUACUGCUUUUGUUUACGAAUUUUAUGGUUGAAAGAAGUUUUUAUUUAAAAUUUUCAUGUGUACAUGCGUAUAACAUUUUAUAAAUUUAUUUAAAAUUUUCUUGAAGUAAAAUAUGUGUAAAAACUAAUCUUUAAAACUCUCAAAAACUUAGCAGCUAUUUUUAAUUUGCUCAUAAUAAAUAUAGCAAGGCAUAAAAUAUGCACAAUGAUAGUCAGUCCAUUUGUGCAUAUCGCAAUAAGAAUUUUCAUAAUUUGCAGUAAGGCGAACAUGCCGAUAAUAUUACGUUUAAUAUAUGUAAGUUUUACAACUCUCCAGUUAUAUAAAUGUUUUACCGAUUGCAUAAACAUUUCAGUCAAACACUUGACCUAAAACUUACAAAUAAAUAAAAUUUUGGGAAUAUGUUAGUUAUCUUUAAAGCAAAAUAUUUAAUGAUAGUAAUUUCAAAAUUUGACUCUAAAGAAACAUAAAGAAGAAGUAAAUUUCUAGAGUGAAUGAAUGUAACAAAAUUUUAAAAUUUAAAUGUAAUGUAAGGGUGCGUUCGAGCUACCUAAUAAUUGCAGCAAUACAGUUUGUUGCAUAUUUGCUGAUACUCUGCUGUUAUGCAAACAAAAAUUUAGUGUUGCCGAAAGUGACAGUAGAAUCACGUUCUACUGUGUGCCAAAAUUCACGCAGAACGUGAUUUGCAACACUGCUGUCGUGAUCGCCAUCUCGAACGCACCCUAACAGUAACGGUAACACAUUAUUAAAUUACUAAAAUUCAAAAUUUUCGCGUUUUACUUCAAACGAGACUACGAAAUUUUUCACCGAAAGCCGUUUAAAAAAUGUAUUUACAUAUUAUAUAUAAAGCAUUUAUAUCUAGUACUCAAAUUUAUGAGUCGUAAACAUUUCAUAUAAAUUUUGAGUUCCAGUUUUUUAAAAAGCAUAUUGCUUUAUAUGGGUUAUAAGUGAAUAUUAUAAACAACAAGAGAUCAAAGUCUUCCACUGACAUUGUUAUAAAUAAAAUAUUUUAGCAGGAAACUUGCACAAUGUAAUAUGUAUAUGUAAUUUCUUUUAAAGACAAGAGUACAUGAACACAUUUGAAGGAUCCUUGUAAAUUAAUAUGAUUUCGUUUUUAUACUGUUACUAUACUUAUGAGUAAUUUUUAAAGCCGAAAAGAUUUAUUAGUCAAAUUAUUAUGCGAACUACCUUCUGUAUCCACCCUAUAAAAAGUACUUAAGUUUCUAGAAACAUUUAGUUUAGCAUGUAAUAUUUAAUGUAAUCUUCGUUUAUAUUUAAGGAAUAAGCAAUAUAGUCAACUUUGAUACAAUACACAUAUUAUACAUAUAUAUAUUUUAUUAAAUUACUGAUUUAUUGAUAAGUUAUUUAUUCCUAGUCAGUAUAAGAUAAUCAAUAUUUAUGGAUAUAAUCGUGCGCUUUAUGCAAAAUGCCAAAAUUUGUUCAACAUUAUUAUUUAAAACAUUUCUAUCUUUAUGAAAUUAAAAUAUCCCUAGCAUUCAUAA